CUCACAGUCCGCUCACACACAUAAACACACCAUCUCCAAGAGACACACACCAUUCAAAACUACUGGAAAACCGAAAGGCUGUUAUUGUUUCAGAAAAAAGACAUUACUUCCUCGAACCAAGCAGCAGCAGAUGGGAGCGUGGCAGAUUUCCGGACCAGCAAGAUUCACCUACGGGUCAAAUACGAUAGACUCGUCACUCUUCGAGCACAUCCGACCAAGACUAGAAGACUCUUUGGGAAAAAUAUAAGGAGAUGAACAGGAACCGGUGACAAUAUCGACUAAAUGUCCAUGACUUGCAUUCGACCCUUGAAUCCAGGAUAAUUGCGAAUUCCCUUCUCGUCCUCUGCCAGACCACCUGUCUCAAGUAUGCUUACACCCUCAACAAGAAUCUCUCUAUCCACGGAAAGCAAAUUCUUCUGCCAACUGUUGACCAGCAAGAAAGGCUUCCUCUGACAACGUUUGUUUCAUCUACCUGAGCUCAGAGACGCAGAGAAUACUCGGCAGGAUGGACCGGAACGAGAGUCACAUGAAUGUGAAGUUGGGAAAAACGGACGCACGGUCCCCUUCACGAGCUGAACCUGAUGUAUCGUACGCUGAAUUGAAUUUCAAGACCCGCUCUGCGCCCCGGGUGCGGAAAGAUCGAGAGGAUCUGAACUCCACCUACUCUGAUUUGAACGUUCGGAAAAAGGAAAUCCGCAUCGAUCAGCGUGAAGAUCCUCCCAUUGCCUCGGCACCUGGCGGGUUGUCAACCACUGCACAAACAGCGGCGCAAGAACAGGAGUCGAAAGUAAAGAUCGGAAAUAGACCGUACAGUCUGAUCUGCCUACUCUGCCUAGUUACGUCCGCCCUCAUGGUGGUGGUGGUGGGUCUCUCAAUCCAUGUGUCACAGAUUCGUCAGUCUUACGAAACAUGGCACCGAAACUCUAAUCUGUCCGAUCUUAAACGAAUGAACAACAAUCUCCGUCUCCAGUUCACUGAGAUGGAAACGAAGUACAGAUCUGUCAAAGAAACCAAGGCUGAAAUCUGUGAAUUGUUGACCAGCAGAAGAGAGCAAACGUAUUCCAAGGACUGGGUCACAAAUAAAGAUCGGUGUUAUUACGUAUCCACGUUUGAUACCACUUUCCAAAAAGCGGAGCAAGAAUGUUCAAACCGUGACACAAGGACUGUGGGCCAGAGUCUCCUGUACAAGCCCUCUGGAACGACCGUCUGCAGACUGUGCGGAAGUGGUGACACUUGUGAUGUUCCCGAUCGGCGGUUCAUCUGCGAGAAGUCGGCACCUUUGUUCCCGGAUGUUCCUGAAAAGGUCCAGGGUCUCUGCCAACAGCCAGUGGAGUCGACAUGA